CUUUUUUUGCUCAGCCACCCAAUACACGUUCAGUGAUGCGCACCGCGGUAAAAUACAACUUAAACUGCAAGCUUCAUGAUGUCAUUAACCUCUAUGAAUCCAGGCGCGAGAUGGCAGGUGAAUUUUUGCCCCUGGUGGGAAAAAUAAUGAUGCUGUUGAGCAUGUGAGGAGAUAAUUCUCUCUCUUGGAGAGCUGCAUUUCUACAGCUGCGGACUAGCAGGAGGAGGAGGGGGCAGCCGCGAGAGCCUCCGAUCUGCUUGCGCCGUUCCCUCUCCAGCCAACGGAUUCCAUCCGACGCACACAGGUGGAGGUAAUGAAGGUAUGUGUGUGCGUACGCACGCGUGCAUUCACAGAGGUAUAAAUGCCCACCUACUGCGUGUGAUUAAAGAUGCUCGUGAGGAGACACCACUGUCUACAUCGUAGAUCGAUUGGCUGAGAGAAAAACCAAGAAGAGAGAGAACACGCAAACAAUCCAAUGAGGUAGAGGGAACUGGCAAAUGUUCAGAUUCACAGAGGGUGAUAGAUAGAUAGAUACUCAUCAGGCGUAGCGCUGCUCUUCCGCUCGGAGAGAAAAAGAGAGAGAGAAACAUUUGUGUGACGUGAGUGUGUGUGACAGCGUUUUCUCGCUGCGCGCUGACACUCACUUCAACGGACUCAUGCGCUCUGGAGGCACAAGCAGGACCCUUUGGGAGACGGCUCAACCUGCAAGAGAUGCUUUGAAGACUCGGAGCCCCCUGCUGCACAUGUUGAACGGCAUACCUGCGUAUUCCUCUGCAUCUUAGAAGCACAAACACGAGCGUACACACAAACCAUGGAUUCUCUGGCCAACGAUACAGACGGAUUGGAGAACUCCUUGAAGUACUCCAAGUGCGAUCAGACGGAGAAGAUGUGGAUGAGGCUUAAAGGAAUGCAGAAGUACAAAAGCACGUCUCAGAGAUUGAGAUGUCUGGUGAAACAACUGGAUAAGGGUGAAGUGAAUGUUGUAGAUCUGAGGAAGAACAUUGAAUAUGCAGCUUCAGUUCUCGAGGCCGUGUACAUCGAUGAAACCCGACGCCUGCUGGACACUGAAGAUGAGCUCAGCGAUAUCCAGGCAGAUUCUGUGCCCAUGGAGGUGCGUGAUUGGCUGGCCUCCACCUUCACCAGGAAGAUGGGUGUGGUGCGCAGACGUCCCGAAGAGAAGCCCCGGUUCCGCAGUAUCGUUCACGCCGUUCAAGCCGGGAUCUUCGUCGAGCGAAUGUACAGAAGAACCUCCAACAUGGCAGGAUUGACGUACCCACCAUCUGUGAUUACGGCUUUAAAGGAUGUUGAUAAAUGGUCAUUUGACGUCUUCACGCUCCAAGAGGCCAGCAGCGAACACGCUCUGAAGUUCCUGGUGUACGAGCUGCUCACCAGAUACGACCUGAUCACCCGCUUCAGGAUACCGGUUUCCUCUUUAGUGUCCUUUGUGGAAGCUCUGGAGGUGGGUUACAGCAAGCACAGAAACCCGUACCACAAUCUGAUCCACGCUGCGGAUGUCACACAGACAGCUCACUAUCUGAUGCUACACACCGGGGUUAUGCACUGGCUUACUGAACUGGAAAUAUUGGCCAUGGUGUUUGCGGCUGCUAUCCACGACUUCGAACACACCGGAACGACCAAUAACUUCCACAUCCAGACCAGAUCAGAAGUGGCCGUCCUCUACAACGAUCGCUCGGUCCUGGAAAACCACCAUGUGAGCGCAGCCUACAGGCUGAUGCAGGAGGACGAGAUGAACAUCCUUGUCAAUCUCUCAAAAGACGACUGGAGAGAGCUGCGUACGCUGGUGAUCGAGAUGGUUAUGAGCACAGAUAUGUCAUGCCAUUUCCAGCAGAUCAAGACUAUGAGGAACGCACUGCAGCAGCCUGAAGGCAUAGACAAGGCUAAAGCCAUGUCUCUGAUGCUGCACGCGGCAGAUAUCAGUCACCCCGCUAAAGGCUGGAAACUGCACUACCGUUGGACGCAAGCCCUGAUGGAGGAGUUCUUCAGACAGGGUGACAAGGAAGCAGAAUUAGGGCUGCCAUUUUCUCCUCUGUGUGAUCGGAAAGCCACCAUGAUUGCCCAGUCUCAGAUAGGGUUCAUCGAUUUUAUCGUGGAGCCCACCAUCUCUGUUCUGGUUGACACCACGGAGAAGAUCAUCAGUCCGCUCAUAGAGGAAGCUAUAAGAUCUGGUGGUGUCCAUAGAUCAAGCACGACGGGACGGGGCUCGGCCGCGGUGGUGGAGUCGGUACAGAGACACAGCGGUCUGGGUUCAAACGACGAUCAGGGCGGCACUACGGACUACUCGCUGAGGAGCAUCGACCAAAAACGAAUCCGACAUCUGCUCUCUGAGAUCAUUCAGAACAACAAGGAGCGCUGGAAGGAGCUGUCAGUUCAAGAGUUGGCCAAUAAGGAACACGAGAGGAUCUCGGAACAGGAAGAGAAGCCCAUGAGGAACGCACAGGUCACGCUGUCCCACAGCAGUCCGGCAGGAGGGAGUCACGAUUCUGAGUCGAAGUCCUUGAACGAACUCAACAAUACAGACUCGACUCACUCUUCCCAAGACUCUUUGGAUCUUCAGAGUUCCCAGUCCCCUACGGAGGGCCAGGGCGAAGGUUCCCCCGAGGACCACAGCUCAGAAACUCUGCCUUGGAACGGUAAAACCGCCUGACGCCACAACGUCAGCGUCAAGCUGAAUGUUUAUAACGCGGCUUCCGCUGUGUUUUAAAUCCCAAGGACGAUGUACAUAGCAUUGUCCUCAUUGUAUUGUAACGCUGUCAUAAUCUUGGACGAAUGGAACGUCCACGGUGCAACUCCGUGCAUCGUUAUGGAGAUGGUAGUGUGCAGUGUUGUCAUGGCGACUGUGUUUUCGCAGGAGACGGCCCUCUACCAGCCCCUGGGGAGGAUUUAGCGAGUCCCAGAAUCGCAACGCUACCUAUCUGUUUCCCAGGCUUUUUUCCGUUUCUUCAAUUAGUAUUAUUUUUUUGUCAAUCGUUUUUUGUAGACUGUGUUGUUAUUUAUUAAAGAUUACGCAGCUACACUUUGCAUCACAACUAGUUUUGCAUUAUCUCGAUAUGGUCCUGCUUUUUACGACACAUUAGGCCAGAGAACUGGCGGAAGAUCAGGAAUAUUUGACUGCGUUUUCUGGCACCCGUGUCUCUGUAGACGUAUGAAUGUUAUUCACUACCAGUUUCCAGAACAAUGUGUAAAGAGAGGUUUUUAUUGUAAGACACGUGUUGUAUGUGCAGAUGUAAAAUGUGAGAAUAACAUGCUACCAGUUAAAUAAUGAGCCAUCAGUCCCAUCAGCCAUAUUCUCCAAAUGAACAGAAUGGUGUCCCUUUAAAUAUAUAAACUCAAGUAUUAUAGCACAUGACAGUGUCUAAAAUGUUGCAUACACAACUGGCCAAAAGUUUAGGGUCACUUACUCUUUUUAUUUAAAAAAAAAUUUGAGUAACAAAUCCAAACGAUUGAAAUCUUUAGCAAAGAAUUCGUAAAAAGCAUAAAAGAUUUUUAAGAUCUGGAAACAUUUGAGUCAAAUGAUCCAAAACUUUUGAUCUGUAGUGUAUUUACAGUGGUGGCUGUGUUCAGAAGGAAAUAUUAGCUUGCUUACUAAAUACUGUGCAUUUUAUUUGGUUUAAUACCUACUAUUCUUAAUAGUAAGUGAACAGAAAGCAUUAUGCAACAAUCACGUUUCAAACAGUAGUAGUCAUGACCUCAUGCUGUCAACACCUGGGUGCAUCAUGUUAUCAUCUUGGAAACCGAAACGGUUUGGACUUUUUAAUCCAUUGUGUGUAAAAAUGUCUUAGCCAUCAAGAACAAGAUGUUACAGUAAAAAUCACAGCGUCCGGUCGAUUUGUCUUGCUAGAAAUAGAAAGUGAAGUUGAGCGCAUUGCAUUGUGGGAUACAGUGUUCUCUGUUCUGUACUGCACGUUUAACAAAUGUAGAAUGUUUUCCAUUCAUACUUUGUGUAGUAUACUUAGUAAGAGUGCUUUUUCUGAACAUAGCUCUUUUCACACUGUUCAUUCUCAGAACACCUUCAUGAGGUAAUAUGCUACCACUGUGUCAUGUUUUAUAAAGUUUAUGUGAAAUACUGAUCGAUUUUUGCAUUAUAUAUGACAUAAACUGCAAAAAU